AUGGCUUGCAAAAAUAUGUUUGUUCAUUUGGUCAUAUUGUGCGUCUUGGCUAGUAGUGCAACUGCUGCAAGGGAGCUAAACGGCUACAACAAGGCGUCAGGCCAUAACCACCUUGCAGCAAGGCUUAAGGUUAGUAUAGACUCUUACAAGUGCUGGAAUGCACUAAGUCAGUUGAACUAUUGCACGAUGGAGAUUUUUCGCUUCUUCGUGAAUGGCCACACUGGUAUUACACGUGACUGUUGCAGUGCCAUUCAGGACAUAUAUGACUGCGACCCUAUCGUGCUCAUUUCCCUUGGUUUCACAGCAGAGCAGGAAAACAUCCUUUUGGACUAUUGUUAUGCAUCUUUUGGCCCUGUUGUUGAUCCUCUUGUUGGCUCUCCACUUAGUGCCGAAGCCCUUGCUUAG